ACCACUCACUCAGUCCACGUACUGUUUCAGCAACGGUCUGGACGAUAAUUUACACCGGAAUAAUGACACUUAGAAACUUUAAUGGCUAAUACAAUUAAAAUACACAGUAAAAACUAAGGGGAAAUAUUAUUUGAAUACAUCGUACUUCCAGGUUACCACGCCCCGCCCUUUUUUAUGACUUGUUUCAUGUUAACCGGCAUGCUUCCCAUUUAGUCUGUUUCUAAAAUUGUUCUACAGACAUUCAAUGCGGUGCAGGUGCAGGUGCAGGUGCAGGUGCAGGUGCAGAGAUCCACUCGGGCUAGAUGCUGUCUAAUCUGCUGUGUUGUAGUAGAUGGGAUGAUCAAUGGAUUCUACAUGAUUUAAGCCACUAGAGGUGAUUCAAAGAGACUAUAGAUAGACAGACGGAUAGAUAGACAGAAUAAUGAUCCCAUUAAAGCGCAGGAAAAUAUCUCAUACUGAAAGCCAUCAGAAUGAAAGCUGCAAGUUCCCCCAUGUCCCUAUUUUCAUCCUGGAGAGGAAGAUGGGGGCAUCUAGAAGAUCAUUCCUUACACGACUAGCACGAAGCAAAGGAUUUCUUAUUAAGGAAGCAUACAGUUCUGCUGUCACACAUGUUGUAUCAGAAAACAACAGUGGAGAUGAAGUCCAGUCGUGGCUGGAAAACCAAACAGGAGUAGACACGUCCACUUCAGUCCAUCUGUUGGACGUAAGCUGGUUUACAGAGAGCAUGGCGGCAGGACGUCCUGUUACAGUUCAGGACAAACACAGAUUGAAAGUUAACCCAAAAUGUAAUGGGGAUGAUAAUGUCAUUCUGAUGAAAAGUUAUGCUUGCCAAAGAAGAACACCCUUGAAGCACCACAAUUUAUUCCUGACAGAAGCUCUCGAGCUCCUGGCUGAGAAUGCAGAAUUUAGUGAGAAUGAAGGACGGAGUGUGGCGUUCAGACGGGCAGCGUCGGUGCUAAAGGCACUUCCGCAUCGGGUGCAUAGCAUGGAUGAGUUAAAGAGUUUGCCUUGCCUGGGUGAGCACUCACAGAGGGUUAUAAAGGAAAUUUUAGAAGAUGGAACAUCAAGGGAAGUGGAGUCAACAAGACAGUCUGAGCAAUUUCAGGCCAUGAAGGCAUUAACAGGUAUUUUUGGGGUGGGUGUGAGAACGGCAGAUCGCUGGUUUAGGAAGGGUCUGCGAUCUCCAACUGACUUGAUCCGGAUGGGACAACCGCUGAACCGUGCACAGCAAGCAGGAGUACAGUAUUACGAUGAUCUCCAGAAACCUGUCACUAAAGCAGAGGCAGAUGUCAUCAGUGAUAUUGUACAGCAAGCAGUGUGUGCUGUGCUGCCCGGAGCAGAGAUCCAGCUGAUGGGGGGAUUCAGGAGGGGGAAAGAAUUCGGUCAUGAUGUGGACUUUCUCAUAACACAUCCAGAAGAGGGCAAAGAGGAAGGACUGAUGGCCAAAAUUAUAAAGUGGCUUGAGGAGAGGGGUUUACUGCUAUAUCAGAAGACGACCAGAAACUCUUAUUUGGAGAAAAUGGACGGUCCAGCUCGGCCACCUAAUAAUAUGGAUCGCUUUGAGAGGUGCUUCUCCAUAUUUAAGCUUCAGAUAUCUGAUAGAAGCACAGGAAGUCAUGCUGAAAGAUCUGUCAGCCAAUCAGAGACCUUGAGCUGGCGAGCUGUACGCAUAGAUCUUGUGGUCAGUCCCUACUGUCAGUUUGCCUUUGCUACUCUUGGCUGGACGGGGUCAAAGCUGUUUGAGCGGGAGUUGAGAAGGUGGGCGGGGCAAGAAAAGCACAUGUCCUUGAGUAGCCACGCCCUGUAUGACAACAAUCAGAAGCAUUAUCUCAGAGCUCAGACAGAGGAGGAGAUUUUUGCCUACCUGGGACUGGAGUUUAUUCCUCCGUCUGAGCGGAAUGCCUGAAUCUGUCCAUCUCUGAUUCUCACUACAGAUGUGCUUGUGUGUGCUUUGACCACAGAGCCUUACAUUUCCAUUGGACCGCAAUAUAUUAUUUAUUAGCUCUCGAACCACUUGUGAUCACAUAGAAAGGAAUGGACUGCAAAUGUUUUGCAAAGAUCAGAUAUCCAGACACUGUUUUAAUCAGUACACAACUGAAUCAGUUUCAGCGCUCUACACCAGAUCCAUACGUUGUACUGUACUAAUGACAGGAGCACACUAUUAGGUUUUAACAUUUGUUUCUUUGUAAAUACGUUGGUUUUUUUUCUUCAUAAAAGACAUUAUUUGUCUCUUUGAAACUGAAUGAAUUAUUCAUCAUAUUUUAUACUUUAUAAAGUUAAUUUUAAUUGAAACUCAAAUGUGUCUUAAUUUUUUUCAUAUAGGCACUGUUGUAAUUUGACAAUUCUUUUCUUUGGAUAUAUGGCCUGUUUUGGGCGCUUAAUGCAGAGAUCAUGUAGGUCAGAUUCAAGCCCAUGUGUCGUGAGCACAUGCACCAUCCAUUGUGCUACUGUUCUUAUACAGUAUGUAAAAUAUACUGUAUAUCAUAUUCUACCAAUUGUUUUCGCACUUUCUUGGCUGUGCAAUACACUUAAAUCUGACAUACACACAUAUGUACCAAUGUCUUGGAGGGCUUACAGGUUUGUCAGAGAGAGAGUAUUUCCUGCAUGUUUAUGUGCCUUAAUGAUGUUUAUGUGAUGUUAAGAAGUCUGCAGGAUGCAUUUGUGGUGACAUGAUGUGUCCUGUAUUUGCACCUGGAUCAUUAUGACCCGAUUUUCCCAACUGCAAUGCGUCUUUACAUACUGAUUGUAUAUUUUUUGAGACACCCCCAUCCUCUUUACUGUAAACAGACGUCUCUGUCACUGCGGGGGUUCUUUGAAGUAUGAAUUCACCUCUGCUUGCCUCCUUUCUUUCAGUGUUAAUGGCAGCACUGUUUAUUUAGUCUUUACAAUAACAACAACUGUGUCUUGAUAGAAUGAAACCAUGUGUCAGACCACAUUGUACAAGGUAACGGAAAAUACACUUAAUAAGAAACAGGGUUCCCACGCAUCCUGGAAAACCUGGAAUUUUGUAAUGCAGAUUUUCAGUCACGGAAAAGUCAUAAAAAAUUUGAUAUAAAUAAUUAUUUUCCAGAAUACCUAAAUGUUCUGGAAAAUAAUUAUUUGUCCUGGAAAAUAUUUCAGUGAACGAAUCCCUGUCACACACUUUCUUUGCUCAUCUGCUGUCAUCUCUGCUUUGCUCCGACAAAAUUAAGUAAUGAUAUAGUACAAAAUAUUAAAAAAAAAAUUUUUCAUUCCAACAUUGCUGUUAACCAAAAAAAACUUUUUUGAGUUAUAAACUUCAGACAACGAUGAUGGUUGGACUACUGAUUUUUUUUUUAAAACUCAUUCACACCCUGGGUUGGUAGCAUGGUGAUUCAGCCUUAAUAAUACCUCGGGAUGUGAAUUAAUUUUCAAUAAUUCAACGAUC